AUGUCGAAACACUGGGAACAAAACAAAGAUGCGACCGUAUACGUCGGCAACAUUGACGAACGCUUCACCCAGGAGUUGCUUUCCGAGCUCAUGACGCAAGUCGGCCCCGUACGCCAGGUACACAUGCCACAGGACAGAGUGUCGCAAACACAUCAAGGUUACGGCUUCGUCGAGUUCGAUACCCCCGCUUCCGCCGAAUACGCAGCAAAAGUCCUCAACGGAAUUAGGAUUUGGGGAAAGCCAAUUCGCGUCAACAAGGCGAGCGCGGACAAGCAAAAGACGGUCGACAUUGGCGCCGAGCUCUUCAUCAACAACCUCGAUUCCCAGGUCGACGAGAAGAUCCUGUACGACACAUUCAGCCAGUUCGGCCAGAUCCUUCGACAGCCCAACAUUGUCAGAGACGACAACAACAUUUCCAAGGGCUAUGGUUUCGUCAGUUUCGGUUCCUUCGAGGCCAGUGAUGCUGCUCGAGCUACCAUGAACGGGCAGUAUCUACUGAGCAAACAGAUUACCGUCGAGUAUGCAUACAAGAAGGACGGCAAGGGCGAGCGUCACGGUGACGAGGCCGAGCGUAAGCUGGCCGCCGAGGGCAAGAAGCACAACAUUGUUCCGGAACAGCAGCCUUUGCCGCCCGCUUUCCACAUGACGAGGCCUCCUGCCCCCGGCGUUGCGCCUGCUGCCGACAUCCCUGCCGGUGCCGUUAUUCCUCCCGCCGUCGUGCCGCCAGCUGCCCCCAUCCCUGUGGGCGUGACUGUCGCGGCCGCUCCUGCCUAUGGCGUUCCUCCUCCCGGUCCUGCAGCUAUGGGUCGUUCUGGACCUCCGUAUGGUGCUGGAAUGCCACCCGCAGGUGGUCGGAUACCCAAUCUCCCACCCGCACCCUCCGGUCUCCCUGCAAGGCCACCACCCAGUCACGGUGGCUUUGGUGGGCCAGUUGGUGACUUCCACCCCGGAGGAAAUGCUUUUCGUGGUGGCCCUCCUGGUCCUCCAGGUCCCGCGGUACCUCCAGGGCCUCCGGCCAUGUACCCUGGCAUGCCUCCUCCGGCUGGUUUCCCGGGUGCUCCGCCUCUCGGGGCACCUAUGCCUCCUCCUGGUUUCAUGCCCCCUCCUGGUGCUGCUCCUCCUCCGGGAUUCGGUGCGCCACCCGGAGCACCUAACGGGUUUGCUCGGCGUUAG